CAACUACCUCUUCUUCCAGCUUAUGCUUACACUGAUUAUAAGGUUCAAGGUCGUUCUCUAAAAAGAGUAAUACUUGAUCUUGCUGGUUGCAGGUCUCUGCAAAGUGUUUACGUCAUGCUAUCUUGUGCCACUUUUCUCACUGGUAUUGCUAUCUUAAGAUCUUUUACAGGCAAAAAAAUCAAUCAACAUAUGACACAAGAAUUCCAAGACAAGUUUCAAUGA